UGUCAACUAUAUAAGGCACCAACUAUAGAAGGGACAUUCAUCUACUGGUCUUGGUUCACCACUAUUGGUUUCAUCGACUGGAGGACAUAAAAAGAUGCCUGAAGGAAAACAAUCGUCUGUAAGAGAAAUUAACUUACCGGUACCUGAGCAGAAAACAUUUGAUGGAACGUCAUUUCCAUUAAUUCUUUCUCCGAACCACGGCGUCGAAGAAAUCCAACCAACAUUUAAUUCAACAUUAGCCGUCGUCGAAUGGAUACAGAGCGAGAAGUCUAACAUUGAAAACCAGCUUUUAAAACAUGGCGCGAUCCUCUUUCGAGAUUUCCCAGUUAAUUGCCCGUUAGAUUUCGAUAAUUUUGUAAAAGCCUUCGGUUAUGAGCCACUUCCUUACGUAGGGGGAGCUGCACCAAGAACGCUGGUUGUAGGCAACGUAUUUACCUCAAACGAAGCUCCGCCAGACACGCUCAUCCCAUUUCAUCAUGAGAUGGCACAGGUUCCAAACUAUCCGUCAGUGUUGUUCUUCUAUUGUGAUAAUGCUCCUAAAGAAGGCGGACAGACUCCUUUAGUUUUGUCAAACUUAGUUUACCAAAAGAUGCUGGAAUUGAACAGCGGCUUUGUCAACACGUUAAAAGAAAAGGGGGUGAAAUAUACACGAGUUCUUCCAAACGGUGAUGAUCCCACAUCGCCAAUUGGCCGAGGGUGGCAAUCUACUUACGGCACACCCGAUAAAGACGAAGCUGAAAAGAAGGCGUUGGAACUUGUGGAAUCCAUUGAAUGGCUGGAAGAUGGAUGCUUGAAAACUGUAACCAGGGUAUUACCAGCAAUCAGAGAGGACCCACGUACCGGAAAGGAAAUGUGGUUCAACUCUGUCAUCGCUGUGUACCGUGGAUGGAAGGACUCUCGAAACUCGCCAGAAACAUCCAUUACUUUUGGAGACGGAUCACCGAUGGACCCGAAGGUCAUGGAUGUUUUGGAGAAUGUGCUGAACGAACUGGCUGUGGACUUCAUCUGGAAGAAAGGGGAUGUGGUGAUGGUAGACAACAGGCAAGCUCUCCACGGACGACGGUCGUUUGUCCCACCUAGACGCAUUUUAGCAGCACUUUGUAAAUAAUAUCAAGAAGAUUUUAUUGUAUUGGGUCUAUAAUACUCAAAAUCACCUAUUGUUUUCAUGAUUUAAAAUUCGUAUCAUGUAGUUUCAAAAGAAAAAAAUAUCUACGUUUUUAUUUUAUUGUAUUCUAAUAAUUUUUUGUACAAAAUGACUUUUCGAUAUCUAUAUAUUUGUACUACAUGUUCAUCUAUUAUACAACCUCAUUAGAACUAC